UUUUAUUAAUACGUUACGUAAAAUGGGAAAAAAGUCAAAAAAUUCAAGAAAAAAAGUACAAAGAAAAUCACGACAACAACGACGAAAGAAAAAUAUUGAUGAUGAUGAAGAAUUUAGUCAAACAAUUGAAGCAUGUAAUACUUGUACAGAUGUACAUAUUCUGCGUAGUAUUUCUGAAAUGCCAUCAUGGUGUUGUACACAUAAUCGUAUUAUAUUUGCCGGUUAUCGUCCAAUAACAUUAUCAUCAUGGCAAACAAUUCGUUCAUUAUUUUUAAUACAUAAUGAAACGGGUAAUAUUUGGACACAUAUGGGUGGUGCUAUAAUGUUUUAUUUUCUAUUUCAACAUGUUUGUCGUAAUCCACCGGAUACAAGAUCAAUGUCUAGAGUGGAUUUUUUUUAUCUUUGUGUAUUUUUUUUCGGUGUUUUUGUUUGCCUAUUUCAAUCAACAUUGUAUCAUUUAUUUUCAAGUCAUUCAUUGAAACUGAAUAAAUUAUUUGCCAAAUUGGAUUAUUGUGGUAUUACAAUAUUGAUCGGUUGUUCAUUUAUACCAUGGAUACAUUAUGGUUUUUAUAAUUCACCAUUAUUACAAAUAUGGUAUAUAAGUUUUACUAUAAUCUGUACAAUAAUAUGUGUUAUGUUUUGUAUUUAUGAUCCAUUCUGUAAUCCACGUUAUCAUCAUUAUCGUACAUUAAUGUUUAUGGCACAUGGUUUUCUUGUUUUUGUUCCAGCAAUACAUUGGAUAUCAAGAGAAAUGAAUAAUGAUCGAUCAUUAUUAUCAUUAGAUCAUCGUGCACAUUUAUUAAUAUUUAUACAAGGAAUAACAUUUUUAACUGGUUCAUUAAUCUAUAUAUUUAAAUUACCUGAAUCUAUUUAUCCAAAUAUAACAAUAUUUAGUUUAUGGUUUAAUUCACAUCAAUUAUUUCAUAUACUAGUUAUAUUUGGUUUGGUAAUUUAUUAUCAUAGUUUAAUAUUGAUUAUGAAAAUGAGAUUGAAUAAUCCAAAUUGUUUUGUGAAUUAACCCCCUUAGGCUACUAACCACCACCAUUCAUUUUUUGAUUGAAGCAAUUUUUUCCCCUUCAAAGAAAAUCAAUUAAAAUUUUUUUUUGUUGAAAAAAAUC